AUGCCACUGAUAGCCCAUCUCUCCAAAGAAAACCUCUUCCGCACAGUCAAACAACAAGGCCGACUUGCAUGGAAUGCGCGUCCACAAGAUGCUGCACGUCAGAUCACAGCUCUGGAUCGGGAUGAGAAGGCGGUAUACGUGAUUGUAGAAGAAGCGCACGAUCGGGGAAUAUGGGUGAAAGAAAUCAAGAAGAAGGCCACCGGCGUGGCUCAGCAGACCGUGCAGAAGGCUGUGAAUAAGAUGGAGAAGGCCAACCUCAUCAAAAGUGUCAAGAGUGUACGUCAUCCUACGCAGAAGACGUACAUGCUCAGUCAUCUGGUGCCAAGCGAGGAUGUUAUUGGCAACUCGUUCUUUGAUGCUGGAGAUCUGGAUGAGAGUUUUCGCGACGAGUUGCUGAAUUUGAUUGUGUUCCAUGUGCGGCAGACGAGUUGGGGGGAUAGGGAUAAGGAUGCGAAGAAGGGGAAGAGGAAAGAGAAGCAGGCGGUGAUCAGUGUUGAGGAUGAUGGAGAUGCAGCUGGUAAGAAGCGCAAGCGGACUGCGGAUAUUGAGGAUGCUGGGAAUCUCAAACGAAGGUCCGUGAAGCUGGAUCCAGAAGCUUUCUCGCAGACCAUCUAUCGUGCUGGAACUCACACCUACCCGACUGCAGAGGAAAUUCAUAAUUUCUUGGUGACAUCCAACGCCAUCAAGCCUACGAAAGCCGCCUCACUUACGGUACACGAGAUUCAAGGCUGUAUCGACGUCCUGUGCUGGGAUGAGAAGCUGGAGAAGAUCAUGAACGGGGAGGGUACUUGGGGCUAUCGCACAGUUCGAGGCGUCACCUUCAAGCCUCCUGGAGCGAACUACGACGAUUAUGAAGAGGUCGUCGGCACUGGCCUGACUCAAGCGCCCUGCGGUAGAUGUCCUGUCCUUGACCUCUGCCACGAAGGCGGACCGGUAAAUCCACAGGACUGCAUCUACUUCGAACAAUGGCUACGGCCUGGGUAGGGCUUAAGAUUUGUUUUGACUUUAGCGAUGGCGCUGGGGCAUGGGUGGUGUUGUUGUUGCUUCCUACAGAUACCCAGACGUGGAAAAUCCCAAUUCAGAACUUAACCUC